GAUAUGUUGCCGAAGAUUCAUCCUUUUAUGCAUCAUUAUCUACACAGUCCUUUUCCCGAAGUCAAGACGAUUUAUAUACUUCUAUGAAAACUUUAACGAAUGCUUUUAUCACUGAAUUGAAUAAAUCUAAUGACUUGAUCAAUGAGAAGGAAGAAUCAUCUGAAGAAAUAAAUUACUCGAAUUUUUCUUCCUUUUUAGAAGAAGUCCGGUUGGAUUAUCAGAAUACUAAUCAAACUUUACAAACUUCACUUGAUAAGUUCAAGGAUCACUAUAAUGCUGCAAA